AUGGCAACACAAGAUGACUAUGGCCUACUGCGAGCGCUUGACGCUUUUGAGGGUUCUUCGUGUCCACUCGAGACCGCUGCUGUCAUUCGUCGAGGCACUGGUUUCUACGCUACACCAGCUCGAAUGGCCUUCGGCUCGCAGUGUCUGCUGUCGGCUCGCAGACACUGGUUUGAGAGUUCGAGUCCCGAGACGACUAACAGCUCACCAGAGAAGAACGUCGCCCUUGCACAGACAACAAGGCAGACUUGCUGGCAGGAGGCUAGUCACAGAGAUGCCCACCGAAUGAUUGACUUUCGGGAGAAAAGUAAUUAA